AGGGAUAUGACCAUCCGAGUCGAGGGCUGUGAUUCUCGCGUCCGCUGCCUAUUUCUGCCUCCGCCACGCCCACGCCCACGCCCACGCCCACGCGAGCGCGUUUGCACUUUCCCCCGUGUUUUGUGCACAGUACACUACCCAGCCUGCCGCUCGAUCGAUCUGGCCUUCUCCGCCGCACCGCCGCGCGGCGCCCCGACCGUCGUGCGGCCGCAGGAGGAUGCAGGCACCCUUCCUUUCGCCGCUUUUCUCCUCUGGAAGAAGGGCUCUCCCAUAGACAACGGCUAAGAAUUACAAGGCUGCUUCUUUCGGGAGUAGUUUUUCUGUUAAUUUUACAAGGGAAAUAGGUGAGAUUUCUGAGGUGUAAAAAGAGAAUUAGUAGUGCUGUGGCUGGGGAAGAUGACCAAGAUCAGCUGCUUCUCUGCUCUUCUCGCCGGCAAGAGGAAGUUAUCAAAGGUUACGAGCAAGAUUGGUUACGGCAAGAAGUCUGGUGGCAAUGAGUUCCAGAAGGUGAAACCGGUGGAGUUCAUGGAGGGGACGGACACCGUCGACAUCGUGAAAGGCGGUGGUGACAUUGUCCUGGCAUGUGACACAAAGGUUGUCGCUUUCAACGCCGCUGAGUUGGCUUGUGAAGGCCGCGACAAGGACGAUGACAUGGUCUCGGUGAAGAGGGACACAUCUGACGUCGACCUCGUCGCCGGCGGCGACGCAGACUCUUCCGGCUACAAUAGCGACGCCGCCGACAAGGAUGCUAGCAGCGCCGCCGCAGCACCGGACGCUAGCGAGCCCGGGGUUGGCCUCAUGGUGCCGGCCAUGGCAUCGAGGCUGGAACGCUCGUGCUCCAACAUCGAGACGGCGAGGCGUGGCUCGAAAGCGUUCGAACUUCCGGCGAAGUCGCUCUCCUACGGCGACCUCAUGGCCUUGCCUGCCGGUGGCUCAGCCACAGCCACCCCAGUCGGCGCGCCCGACGACAGCCCAGCCGCGUCCGUGAAGACGACGUGCAGCGCCGACCACGUCAUGCUGAAGAAGUGUUCGUCCAGCCAGGUGCUCCCGUCCCGGAGCCGGAAGCUGUGGUGGAGGCUGCUCCUGCGAAGCCACCGGAACCUGCACCGGCCGGCGGCGACCGUACCAGCAGCGGUGCCGUCGGCGGAGCAGCGGCACGACGGGUACGCGUCCGACACGCUCGACGCGGGCGCCGCCACGGCCGACGUCAAGAACAAGGGGAUCGCCGUAGGCCACGAGCCCAUCCCGAACCAAUGGAUGGCGUUCUCGUCGGAGGCCACGUCGCUGGACCGGGUCAGCGCGUGGGUGAACAGCCUCGUGGACAACCCGUUCAAAGCCAACGAGGAAUGCAUCGUGGAGCACGACGACGAUGACGACGACACGGCUCGCCCGCAUUGCACGGAGAUCGGGGAGCCCUCGUCGUUCGGCGGCAAGUUCCCCGCCCAAGCGCGGCGGCGCAUGGCCGGCGAGGCCAUCAAGGCGAACAGCAUCAUACAAACGCUCACCACGUCCUCGUCCGUGGCGCACAUAUCGGGGAUGGGGCUCACUGUCAUCCCGGUGAUCUCGCCGUUCUCCAGCCUCCGGGCAGUCAAUCUGUCCGGCAACCUCAUCGUUCAAAUAUCAUCUGGAUCAUUGCCUAAGGGAUUGCACUCACUCGAUCUGUCGAGGAACAAGAUAUCUGUCAUCGAGGGGCUGCGCGAACUGACGAGGUUGCGCGUGCUCAACCUCAGCUACAACAAGAUUUCACGGAUUGGUCACGGGCUGUCGAACUGUGGGGCGAUCAGGGAGCUGUACCUCGCCGGGAACAAGAUCAGCGACGUGGAGGGGCUGCACCGGCUGCUGAAGCUGGCGGUGGUGGACCUGAGCUUCAACAAGAUCACCACGACGAAGGCGCUGGGGCAGCUCGUCGCCAACUACAGCUCGCUGAGGGCUCUCAACCUCGUCGGCAACCCGGUGCAGACAAACAUCGGCGACGACGCGCUCCGCAAGUCGGCGUCGGGCCUCCUGUCGCGGCUCGAGUACCUGAACAAGCAGCCCGUGAGGCCGCAGCGCGCGCGGGAGGCGGCCAAGGACAGCGUCGCCAAGGCGGCGCUCGGGAACGGAGGGUGGAGCUCGCGCAGGCGGCCGACGCCGUCGUCGCGGCGGCUGAGCCAGAGCCCCGGCUCGUCGGUGAAGAACCGGGGGAGGGAUAAUGGGAGCGGCAGCCAUAGGGGCAGCAGGAGCAGGUCCAAGAGCAGGCCUCACCAGGGCUUCAGCCUUGCAAGGAAGUGAAGCAAUUUGCUAGGCAAUUAGGCAUAUGAUGCUCUACUGAAUUGGAGGAAAAUUUCAAAUGUGAUGUGCUUAAUCUUUGAAACUGCCAUGCGCCAUGCUGUAGGAUCAAAUAAUGCACAAUCAUCCUCGUUUAUUUGGUGCGCACUCCAAUCCAAGCGUUUCCUGAAACUUUGUUAUCUGAAAUGGAAGAACAGAGCACAAGUGGAGGAGCUACAUACAUGCAUUUGGUGAUCACCAUGUAACAUUUUUACCUCAUCCGGGAGACAAUUCAGCAUCUAAUUUAUAUUCUUA